AUUUUUCCUUUUAAAAAAUAUAAAUGUAUAUCUCGUAGACUUGCUUUUGUUUCUGUUUGGUAAUCCGUUUGUAAUGGCUAGGGACAAGGUGAGAGGGCUUUAAAAGGGACCAAAACAGAAGCACGCAGGUAAACUGUUCGACGAAAUUCCCGACAGAAACUAAACACUAUAAGGACUAAGGAGAUGAUACCGAAGCCGAUUCGAACUUUGGGAAUCGGUGUAGCUUUCGUUCUCGGUGGAUUAGCCAUCGGUAACAUUGUUUCCGCUUCUGCAAUCGGAGCUUUCCGUUUCGCCAUUGAAGAGAAACGGAAGAAGGCAUUGGCUUGUCGAGCUUGUGCUGGAAAAGGGUUCUAUAUUUGCAAAUUGUGUAAAGGAAAUACAACGAUAAAGUGGUCGCCGUUGUAUGAUCCGGUUUGUAUCAAUCCAUGCCUUUGCCCCACUUGUGAUGGUCACAGGAUACAAAGGUGUUUGAACUGUAUUGGGAAGGGAUAUUGUUGAUACAACGUAAAAUCUUCACCUUCAUUGUGAUUUGGUAGACAUUUUAGGUCUCUCAUGAAAAUGGCUCCUUGGAAGCUUAUGUUCAUAUGAACCAACGAGGAAGCAAGCUUGUUGGGUUUCUAUCUUUUACUCUCAAAUGUUUUCAUUGGGACUCUUGUCUUGUCUGAAACUGUGAUUUUCUUAGCCUUGUAUUCAUAUAUUUUUUUAUUA